UCCUUCAUACCGUUCUCUGGCGAAGCGUAGGGAGUCGAUUAUCGGUUGCUCCCCGUCAUACUAGGAGUCAGUGCGUCUGGAAGAGCUAUGCUUGGGCAUGUGCCGUGUUUCUUCGACGCUCUCACGUCGUCAAGUCAGCUGGAGGACGAGAUGCAGCCGCUGUCUUAUGCGCCGUCAUUCCUGACUGACUAUGAGAGUGAAUGCCGACUGCUUUCUGCUCUGAGGGAGCAUUUCAGAGUUUCUCAAUCCGAGAUUGCUGGCUGGCUUCUAGAUGCUCUGGACGCGUGCAUUCUCUGCGUCGGUGAGUGGUCCUCCGCAUCUGUUUGUCCGUCUCUUCAGCUCAACCGCUCAUAGAACAUGUUGUCUCCCGAUGCCCCAGCCCCAAAGCAGGCAAUUUGAGCCGAUCAUCCAGCGGCUGACGAAAUGGACGCUGCCUAAGAAUCAGGCGAUGACGCAUCCUGCUGUCGACGAAAGCCAAGCCCACCAAAAUACCACCCUCCUGGCGCUUGUUAUCGGAUUCGUCCAAGAAGCCGUUCGCGAAUACACAUUCAAGCCUGCUCAGCAAGCUGAACGGCACGGUGCUGACGACAGCAGCUCGAGGAACAACUGAGCCUGUGGCAUGUAAAAGAGAUACGCCAGAAAGAGCUCCGAUUGCUCCAGCAGCAGCAGCAGCAGCGGACAGCCACACAGUAGAACGGCUACCACUGCAACUACACUGUUAGGGCCUGCAACGGGUGCUUGGAUUGCAUCUUCCGAGCUCUCACGCGGAGAGGGGGUCCAGAUGCGGCGUUCCGUAGGUUAGCAUCAGCCAUGUGUGGUGGGUGACUAGCGGCCAGACAAUGGCGAGACAACGGCGGAUGCGGGAUUGCGAUGAUGCAUGGGGAGAUUCCAGAAACUUAUCCCGCCAGCAACAUCGAGACCCUGGACCUAAUAAGCACCGGUCUUUUGUGCUUCUGGGCCAGUUCAGCUCCGAUCGACUUGCUCAACGCGCGAUGAAUGCAAAUCCAAAACGCUCUGUGACGGACGCUUUUGGCCAAUUGGAACCAGCCUCAUAGACCGAGGAAAGCCACGGGCGGUUCUUAAUCAAGGAUAGGCCUGGUCAGGGGACUCCAAUGAGGCUUCUAAACUCCCUGGCCACUCUUGAACGUUGCACACCAUGUCUAGACUGCCUCAACCAGUGUUUCCAGUUGCGAACGUCGUGCCGACACCGGGAGACGAGGAUACCAAGGACCCCAAGGACCCGGAAAACACAGCUGCAGAUCUCCUCACGGUCGGAAAGCGGCCCUUGUUCGUGUCUUCGAUGAGCAAGGACGAGCCGGUCGUGACGCGCAGGGAACUCUGGAGCUAUUAUCUAUACUGCAAUGGCGAUAAUGGCGUCGGCCCGAACGGCUUCUCGAUGACGCUGUUCCAAUCGCUCGCGUUCGCCGCUGGCUACGAUCCCAUCGCGGGGCCCGGCACGUCCUGCUCGGCAGCCAACGCGUCCGGCCAAUGCGUCGUUCCAUGGGGCCGCGGCCACAAGAGCGUCACGAGCGUCGUCCUCGUGGCAAACGGCGUCAGCUUCGCAGCGCACAGCAAUAUCGGAUACAUUGCCACCCUGUGUCUGAAUCUGACCAUCUUGCUUCCUUUGAGCUCCAACGGACUGGCCGAUAACUACACCAUCGUUUUGACGAACAUGUACUGGGUGCUCACCGGUAUCUGGUGGUUCGUCUUUCAAGCACCACGGCCUGGCCCUCCCCUCCCAAAAGGGAAACACUACAUGACAAUCGGCUGGAAACAGAUCUGGGCGGUGUGCAAUCAGUACAAACAGCUUCCGUACACUUUUAUCUACUUGUUCGCGUUCUUCCUCCUGGCCGAUGGCCUCAACACAACCGGAACGUUGGUCUCGAUCUGCCAGAACGACAAGUUCUCCUUUAGCUUCUUGCAGAACACGUAUCUGGGCCUGUCGCAAGCCAUCACCUCGACCGCGAGCACAUUUGGGUUCUGGUACAUCCAGAGGUACUGGAAGAUCUCGACGAAACGGAUGUUUGUCGUCACGAACUGCUUCACGAUCAUGAUUCCGCUUUGGGGUAUGAUCGGGAUCUGGACCCAGAAGCUUGGGUUCCACAACAAGUGGGAGUUUUGGGCAUACAAUGUCGUUUUCGGCCUCUUCCAAGCGCCGUACUACGCGUUCUCCCAGACGAUGAUGGCCGAGUUGACACCGCCCGGCUUUGACAACAUGUUCUUCGGUCUCUUUGGUCUCUCGAACCGCGCCAGCUCGAUGAUCGGACCGAACGUGAUCCAGGCCAUCAUCGACUCCUCCGGUAACAACUGGAUGGGCUUCCCAUUCUUGUUCGCACUGUGCGUGUGCGCGUCGCUGGUCAUUUGGUUCGCGGUGGAUGUGGAGAAAGGCCGCAGAGAUGCUGUUGCCUGGGCGGAGUCGAUCAGGGAAGAUGCGACUGCGAGGAUGCAGUGAGUCGUCGGAGGAGUCGAACGCGAUCGCGUCUUCUACCGACCUGGGUGAUGAGCAAGUAAUGCAUCUGUGGCUCGGCAAGAAACAAUCCUAGCCUGAAGCAGUGCAUGUUACACCGGUGAUUUGCCUGCUCCUCGAGUUUAGUCCGAUGGCAACCCACGGGCGAGCAUCUAUCAAACCAUAGAGGCUCGCAUUGACCUCCGUGCUACAUUUGAGGUCAUCUCGUGCACGAGGGCGUUGGGGUGGUACAUGCAAAAGGCACCAUCCUUGCCUAAUAGAGACGUACUGCAUGCCCCGAAUGAGCACAGCUAUUCUAUUUUACUAUCGUCCAGAAGCGCAGCUAGACUAAUCAACUGGAUACUGACAUUACAAAGUCGGGCAGAUAUGAUAAAUAGCUAAACACGAGAUUGGAUCAACUCCUGAAGCAUUCGCUCUAGACCCAGCAGUCUCUCGUUCACCCAGUCCCGAUGCCCCGAGAUCUGAUCCUCAAGCUCAGAGAACCGGCGCUCCAGCACUCCUACCCUCUCCUCGACCGUCGGCUCUUUCUCCUGUUUCUCCUCCUUCUCCGGUAGUCGAACUAGGCCAUGGAACUCGUGGUCCAUCCCUCGAUGCGAGUGCGCCGGGCGCAGCCGUGGCCGCGAUCUCCGCGGUCGGGGCACAGUGCGGAUCUGCUGCUCCGCCAGCGUCGAGUAGAAGCGCAGAUCGCCCGUCGACAACGCCUUCUUGACGUGGCGGUACUCGUCGCUCUCCUCCUCCGACAGCGUCGCGCCAAACUGGGCGCUCCCGUCCCCGUUCCGGAUGAACAGCUCGAUGUACUUGCGGCGCGUGUCGCGGCGCUCCUUGAAGUACGACCACGUCCAGCCGCGCUGCCUGACGUCGUCCAGCACGGCCGCGGUCGCGAACUUCCACAGCGCGCGUGGAUCCUUGUCCGGGGGCAUCAGUCGCGCGUGGCGGGCGACCAGCGGCCGGAAGACCAGAUCCAUGAAGUGCGUCGCCGGGUCUGGCUCGAAUCCGAGCGUGCCGAGCAAAGUAUCGUUGGCAGGAUCCCACUUCCCCGCGAAGAACUGCGUGGCGUGUCGAUCGGGUAGAGACCGUCGGAAGGUCACGGCGUGCGUGCUGCGGGAACAGGUCCCGGUGAUCGUGUGCGAGUCGCCCUCCGUUGCGAUGAAGGCCUGCACCCCCUCGUCGGGUGACGGGGCGGGCUGGAGCAUGAACGUCAUCACUCCCCCGACAGGAAGCUCUGACGUCGAUCGUGCAGAGUAGAGGAACCCUCGCCAUUCCGACACGAACAAGCUUUCGAAUCCCGGCAGCGGCAGUGCUCCAGCGAUCUCCUCCUCAUCUCGUCGUGUUUCCACAUCCGCGCUGGUGCCCGCUCGGCCGAUCUCCUCUGUCGGGCCCUCGACAUAUGCCACUCUCAAGUGGCUGCCGCUGGGCGACCGCUCGAAAUCCGGAUCGUCGCUUGACGGGGGGAAGACGGUUUGGGGGUCCGGACUCGCGAACGAGGACAAAGACGUCGGGAUGGACGAGUCGCGCGAAUGAAUCGAGGUCGAUGGGCCCGGGACGGGUGGAACGUCGGGCGGACGAUGGGAGGCGCUGAACGUCGACAGCGUCCGUCUGCGCAGGUUCUUCGAGCUCAGCUUCUGCAGCAAGCGUGGCAUAGGCAUCGUCGUGGUCGUGGUCGUGGUCGUGGUUCGCUUGAGAGAGACGGAUACCACUGUCGUUGUUACGCAUUGUCAAUGUUAGGCGUCUGGAGCUGACCACUACUCACC